CGAGCUCCAGGCGCGCAGCGGGUAGCGGCAGGCACAGACGGUAGGCGCAGCGCGGCGCAGCACAGCACAGAGCGGGGCAGCGGACCAGCAGAGGCGGCGGCGCCGGUGUUCGGGCAAGCGCGGCUACCAGAGGCGCCAAGACGGUGCUGUUCACGAGAGAGGUCCUCCUAGGCCCCGUGCGCGACGGCUUCCCGCAGCUGUACCGCGUCAUGGACAAGACGCUCCGCUUUCCAGACUACAUCCUGUCCAAGAUGGCGCCGGCGGCAGGGGAAGGCGGCGGGGGCGGCGGUGACGGAGGCCUAGGCGCAAAGGCGGAGGCGGCGGAAGCGGCCGGCGGGGGCGGCGCGGCGGCAGCCGGGGCCCCGCGGAGGCCGCGCUUCAGCGCCAAGGCGGCGCGCCGCUGGCUGCACCAGAACCUGCUGCUGCUGCUCACCGUCGCUGGCGUCGUCCUGGGCGUCACCGCCGGCUUCUCGCUGCGGCCGCUCCAGCUGGGGCUGGACGCUGUGAUGCUGGUCGCGUACCCCGGAGAGCUGGUCAUGCGCCUCCUCAAGCUGAUGAUCCUGCCCCUCAUCAUCGCCAGCCUCAUCGCAGGUUCUGCAAGACUGAAUGCCAGCAUGAAUGGGAAGAUCGCAGCUCGUACGCUGCUGUACUUUGCGCUCACAUCUCUGCUGAAUGCCAUCUUGGGAACAGCACUUGUGCUAGCCAUCCAUCCAGGCAACCCAGCAACCAAGAGUGCACUGGGUGUGGGCACCGAAGAUCGCCAGGCACACAUUCUUGACAGCUUCCUGGACCUUGGCAGAAACGUCUUCCCAGACAACUUGUUCCAAGCAGCUUUCCAACAGGCUCAUACAGUGUACACACCGAAGAUUAGUGCUCCACCUUAUAAUGGGUCAAUAAAUGGUACGGGAGCUGUGCUGAUGGCUUCAGCAGCUGCUGCAGGAGCAGAUACUGCAGGAGGAGGUAGUGGAGAAGAGGCACUUGAGGAGACAGUUGUAACACACACAGAGUUGGUGAGGACUAUAAAGUACAGGGAAGGCACAAAUACUCUUGGAGUUAUAUUCUUCUGUCUCGUAUUUGGUACAGUCCUUGGAACAAUGGGGCGCAAAGCUGAAGUUGUGAUUGAAUUCUUUACUACUGUUGAUGAAGUUAUUAUGAGAAUUGUCACUGGAAUAAUGUGGUUGACACCAGUGGGCGUUGCAAGUGUUAUUGCAGGAAAGAUACUGUCAGUGGAAGACCUUAGCGUUGUUGUGCAACAGCUUGGAUGGUUCGUUUUCACAGUUGUGCUUGGUGUCUUUAUCUACCAACUCAUCAUAAUGCAACUUAUUUAUUUCAUCAUCAUUCGCCGCAACCCUUACAAGUACUACUGGGGACUGGCACAAGCCACACUCACUGCAUUUGCCACAGCAUCAACAGCUGCUGCACUUCCAGUAACCUUGAGAUGCAUGGAUGAAAAAGUCCGUGUUGAUCAGCGAAUUUCUAGAUUUAUACUUCCUAUUGGAUGCACAAUCAACAUGGAUGGCACAGCUCUAUUUGUAGCUGUAGCUUCAAUUUUUAUUGCACAGAUGAAUCAAAUAUCACUUGGUAUUGGUGAAAUACUGACAGUGUGUCUGGCAUCAACAGCAGCCAGUUUUUCAUCAGCAAGUGUCCCCAGUGCAGCCUUGGUUUUAAUCUUCAUGGUGCUGUCCACCAUUGAUGCUCCAGUUCAAGAUGUAUCACUUCUUUUUGCAAUUGACUGGUUUGUGGAUCGUGUGAGGACAACAAAUAAUAUGCUAGGAGACUGUUAUGCAGCUGCUGUUGUUGAGCACUUGUCCAAAAAGCAGUUACAGGCAUCUAAUUCAUCAAUCUUUCCGCCUGAUCGUGUAUUGAUUCAAAAUAACCAUCUUCUUCCUGUUCAUCUUAGUGAUUGUGGUGAAAAGACUGUGGAACCUGAAAUUAUAGUUGUAGAAGUUCAAGCACACUUGAAAAAUGGCAACGUUAGAAACCUGUAAAUUUUAUACAAUUAUCAUAACUUACAGUAUGUGCAAUUCCAUGAUACUGAAUGUAUGGUAUCAUAAGUUUAUAGCUCUUUUAGUUUAGUCAAGAAUAGUUUAAAAAGUAUUUCAUAAUGAUUGUGUAGGUCUGUGAUAAAUAUCAGGAACCAUAUUUAGGAAGUAUUCUUAUAAUGUAAAAUAUGUUGUAGUAUUAUUGUGACUGAUCGAGAACCUGUAAAAAAAGAAAAAAAAAGGCAGACAUCAAGACAGCAACAAAUGAACUGGAGAAUUAUAAUAGCGGUCUUUCAUAUAAUCUACACAUACUACAUAGUGAGGAAAUAAGUAUACAACACUCCCAGUACUUACUUAUAAUAUGAACAAUAUUACCCUUUUGCUCCACCGCUAACUGAGAAGCAAAAUUCACACAUAUCAUCAGAAAUCUGUAAUGGUCGCAGUCAGCACUUCUCUAGAGUGUGAAUAUUUAAGCAGGUUUUUGUCACCAGCAUUCUCUCUGGAUCUCUAUGCAACUCAAAUUUAUUUGGAUAAUAGUAUUUUUUAACAUCAAUGUAACUGUAUUUAUAAACUAAAUGUCCCACAACUAUAUUUUGCAAAUCUGUGCAUGACAAAAAUUUGAAUUUAAUAUUAGCCACGCAAUAACUCCAGUAAUGAAAACAAUAAUGCAAAAUGUACUAACCAGGUGGUUGUUUCUAAUAUUUUUAAUUCCCCAUUCAGUGCUGCAUUGUGCCGCUACUACUUUUUCGUCACACAGCAACCUAUUUGCUCGUAAUUAUUUCAAGAUACUUGUAUCAUGUGUCUCCUCAUUUUCUAUAAAAUAAAUGUUACUAGUACCUGACAGAAAGAGUGACAAAUAAAAGGAGAGGUUAUAACAUGACCACCCUACUCCCCCUCCCCCUCCCCUACCAGGCUGUCAUUUUACAGUAUUAUAUAGUAGCAAUUUAUCUGAUGUUUUCACAGCCUCAAUGAUUGAUGGAAUGUUUUGGGUUAAAAAUACAAAAACUUGAAAUUGUUAAUCUGUUAUUCACUGUCAUUUUCUCUUUCAUAAAUGGAAAAUACUUAGUUGUGCCACCCAAUCGUCUGACAUUAUUGUAGCCGUAUUCUCCAGUUAAUUUUGAUGUAUUUGACUUAUAUGUGAUGUUCAUAGUACCUGAAUACCCUCAUGACAUUCAAUGCAACUGUAUUAUUACAUUUACAUACAUUCAUGUAAAUAAAUAAUUUUAUUGAA